CUCACAGUCACGUUGUUCCGGUGUUCGAGAUAGUCGCCGUCUGCAAUACUGAAGAUGACAACACAAAGAAGAAGAAGAUCGGCUCCCAGCUGUAUCCACAUGCAUUCACAGUUUCCUACGUGGGGAGGACGCGGCAGCACCAGUGGAGCUGUAGUGACGUCACCUUCCACUGCGCCGAUCUGACGCUCUGUGAGCAGUGGGUCCAAGUUAUCAAUGAGCAGUUGUCACUACUCACCAACCGGCCGAGGAGCCUCCUGGUUUACAUCAAUCCCUUUAGCGGAAAGCAGCGCGGGACGCGGAUUUACGAGCAGAAGGUGGCUCCACUCUUUCGCCGCGCCUGCAUCUCGGCCGAUGUGAUUGUUACAGAGCGUGCCAAUCAUGCCAGGGACCACUUGAAAACAGAGGCCAGUCUGGACAAAUAUGACGGGGUGGUGUGUGUGGGUGGAGAUGGCAUGUUCAGUGAGAUCCUGCACGGGUUGGUCACCAGGACCCAGACUGACCAUGGCGUGGACCAGAACCAACCAGAUGCUGAGCUGGUGCCGUGUUCUCUGCGCAUAGGGAUCAUUCCUGCAGGGUCCACCGAUUGCAUCUGCUUUGCCACAGUGGGAACCAACGACCCAGUUACUUCUGCUCUACACAUCAUUGUGGGUGACACUCAGCCGAUGGACGUGUGCUCGGUUCUCCACGACGACGCCUUCCUCAGAUACUCGGUCUCGUUGCUCGGCUACGGUUUCUACGGAGACCUGCUGACAGACAGCGAGAGGAAGAGGUGGCUGGGUACCGCCAGAUACGACCUGUCAGGGGUGAAAACUUUCCUGAGCCACAAAUGCUACGAAGGCACCGUCUCAUUCCUCCCCGCCGGGGACGAGGUGGGGAACCCGAGGGACAAGCUGCUGUGUCGAUCCGGGUGCCACGUGUGUCAGCACAAGGCCUCGUCAAACGACAACCGGCGGGAGAUGUCAGCGGCGAAGGAAAAGUCUGGUGAAGAUGACGACAGUGGUUUGGGUGUGAUCCGUGGAAAGUUCAUCGCCAUUAACGCCGCCAGUAUGAGCUGCGCAUGUCCCCGCAGCCCACAGGGCCUGUCGCCGUACGCCCACCUGGCCGACGGGACCACCGACCUCAUCCUGAUCAGGAAGUGUUCCCGCUGGGACUUCCUCAGACACCUUCUCCGACACACCAACAAGGACGACCAGUUUGACCACUCCUUCGUGGAGGUCUACCGCGUGAAGGCGUUUCGCUUCCUGCCGCAGGACCAGGAGCUGGUUUCACUCGAGGACCAGAGCGAGACGCAGUUAGAGAAGACUGGCUCCGGUCCCAUCUGCUCCGUCCAAACAACCUCCCACAGCAAAGCCCACAGCAGCUGGUGCUGCGACGGGGAGAUCCUGCCUCACGCCGCCAUCCAAGUCAGUGUCCAGUGCCAGCUGAUCAUGCUGUUUGCCCGUGGUAUCGAGGAGCAGCAGGAGUGUGUUUCUGAAGACCCCUGCACACUGUGGGAUCCAGAGCCAAACACACACUGAGUGAGUGGACUGAGAGCUGGAUGGGCCACUAGAAAACACAAACUUGGCAAAAGUUUUCCUGGAAACUGCACAUCACAUAAGUGUAAACUCCAGAUGUUGGCAUCCAGGUCUCUCUUUCUGUGCGUCUGCCUGAGGGAAACGUGCACUAUCUGCACAAGAAGUGAAAGAAAGAUUUAAAAUAACUAACUCCAGAAAAAAGAUGGAAAACUGCAACUACCAGCCAUAAGAAAAUGAAAGAUGGAGAUCCAAAGAGACUGUGUGGAUGUUCAGACGGCCACAUGAAACAGAGCUGACCUGGCCUGAGCUGGACUCAUGGACUCACAGCAAUCAGACAAAGGUUUCCACGCUGCCAUGAAGGAGAAGGCAAAUAGGAUAUCUCCCUACACACAGAGGAGGGACAGCCAAGGAGAUACAGCUUUGUGAGAAGGAUGAAUUAAACAAAUACCUGUGAAGUACACUGAUAAUAUGAAAAGACUUAAAAUGCCUGGGCUGCACCAAAAAAGACCCACGCAUGCAAUCUGCUGGUCCUUUUUGGGACAGAAAAUAUUUCAUUUUCUUUUCACCCAGGUGAAAUCCGAUUCGAGCCAGGGGCACUAAUGAAAAGAACUGAAUACCCUGCUAAUACACUAACAGGACCCCGGUGGCUUCUGGGUAAUAAGGCAAAGUGGUUGCUAAGUGAUUCACUGGGUCUCAGCACUGCUGCGCUGCACCUGUGGCUCCGAGCUCUGCUCCCCUCUGGCUGAGAAACUACCGGCAGUUCAGUCAUCGCCUGGGAUCAGCCAGAACUAUACGUUGAUAAAGUUAGGAGAGAUAAUCUAUUGUACGGCUCUGAAAUUAGCAGGUCAAGCUGGUCUUGAUGUGUCUAUAGACAGGUUCCUGCAGAAGGACAGCGGCAGCUUUAAUUAUUCCUGUUGCUGCUUCAAUAAAACUACAUAGAACUGCCUCUAUGAUAAUAUCUAAACAAAAUGAAAGGUGUGUGUAUGUGUGUGUGAGUGUCCGAACGGUUUUAGGGUUAGGGUUAGAAGGAGGGUAAGAGGAAGGGUUAGGCAUUUAGUUGUGAUGUUUAAGGUUAAGGUAAGGGGCUAGGAAAUGCAUUAUGCCAGUGAGUGUCCUCACAACUAGAGAGAGACAAGUGUGUGUUUGUAUAUGUAUGGGUGAGUGUCUGUGUUUGCAAAGGUGCCAAUGUGAUGAGUUUGUUUUAUCACAAUUAGCCUCAUGACUGCUAUUUUGCAGAUGCUCUCUCACUGCAGCCAACACACUGCUAAAACAAGUAUCUAGACAGGCACACAAACACACACACACAGUUUCUCUUAUCCGCACACACACACACACUCUUUAACUUUUAACACCAUAAAAGCUCUGUCCGCUCUUUGAAUCCUCUCAAGUUUAGUUAAUACUCACUCUGAAUGUCUGUGAUGCUUCACCUUCAGCACUGGCUUUUGACAAUCUGCACUUUGAGGCUCAAAUGCUUUUAAGUCCACAUACAAACAUGUGCUUACAGCGAGGAUUGUUUGAGAAUUUUAGCAAUUAGUGACGGACAAUGCAAAAGCUGAAAAAAGUCCAGAUGAAAAUUGGAAGUUUCUUCGUUCUGCGUGCAGGAUUUAUUGCCAUCUAGUGUUACUGUGGAUAUUACGACCAAUUAAACCAGCCUUGCCUCAUGGCCCCCUUCAAGAGUGUAGGAGAACAAGUGAUGGCUACACAGCAAGUGCUAACAUGUGAAAGGUCCUCUUGAGAGCCGGUGUCUGGUUUGUCCUUUCUGCCAUUUUAAGCCAACAAAAACACAACAAUUCCGCUCGGCUAGCUAACAUUGGCUCUAUUACAUGUCCUGACAUUAUACAAAUUUGGCUAACAUUAGCCCAGCCAUAAUACGACGACAAUCUUGUAUCACAACUCAAAGUAACUAAUAUUUGGUUUUACUUUAUGUGGAUUAAAAGUCGUUGAUGAGGAACACCCAGGUUCACAAAGCUCAAACGUCAAGAAUAUAAUAAACGCUGAUUUCUUAGCAGGAGAUAAUUUGCAUUUCAGCUUGACAAGUUUUUUAAUUUAAACUUGUUGUGCUCCCCGUAUUUGUGAAAACACAUAAAUGAAACUGUGAUGUGAGCAGAUACUGUGAUGUAAGUAGAUUUGACCUAUUUUAUGAAAAUGCUUAAUAAAGUGCCUCUGAAGUGCG